UUAGCAAAGGGGAACACUGGGUGUUUCUCAGGGCUGUGCGGAAGCUGAUAAAAACCCUGGGAUACUGAGUCAUUGUGGUAGCCAGCUGAUAGAGAGCACUCAUCUCUGAAUAUUGAUUCCGGGGUAGAAAGGCUGGAAACUUCUCUCAGGUCCAUGCAGCACAUGGAAUUCCACAACUUCAGUUCUCCCUCCCCUCUUCCAUCUCUCUCUCCCUCCUCUCUCUCUCCCUCCUCUCUCUCUCCCUCCUCUCUCUCUCCCUCCUCUCUGCCUCCUUCCCUCCCUCCCUCUCCCUCUGCCUUCACCACUGCAUCGGGGACCCCGGCUCACUGCCACCCCACCUCUUCUGAGAAGGUAUCUGACUUCCUGGUGCCGGUCCUGGGCGUGGAGUUCGUCCUGGGCCUGGUGGGGAACAGCCUGGCGUUCCUCAUCUUCUGCGUCCGCAUGCGGCCCUGGACCUCCAACACGGUGUUCCUGGUCAGCCUGGUCAUUGCCGACUUUCUCCUGAUCAUCAACCUGCCCCUUCGCAUGGACUACUACUUCUUCCACGAGACCUGGCGCUUCGGGGGCACCACCUGCAAGGUCAACCUCUUCAUGCUGUCCACCAACCGCACGGCCAGUGUGGUCUUCCUCACCGCCAUCGCCUUCAACCGCUACCUGAAGGUGGUGCGGCCCCACCACGCGCUGAGCCGGGCCUCGGCGUGGGCAGCCGCGCGGGUGGCAGGGGGGCUCUGGGUGGGCAUCCUGCUCCUCAACGGGCACCUGCUCUUGACCACCUAUCCCAGCCGGGUCUGCCUCAGUUACCAGCUGGGCGCGGCCCCCUCGCCCUGGCUCCGCUGGCACCAGGCACUGUUCGUGCUGGAAUUCUUCCUGCCACUGGCGAUCAUCCUCUUCGCCAUCGUGAGCAUCGGGCUGACCAUCCAGCGCCGCGGCCUGGUGGAGCAGGCGGGCCCGCGGAGGGCCGUGCGCAUGCUGGCCGCGGUGGUGGCCGUCUACGUCGUCUGCUUCUUGCCCAGCGUCCUCUUCGGCAUGGCGUCCCUGGUGGCUUUCCGCCUGAAUGCCUGCCCUGCCCUGAACAUUUGCACACAGCUCUUCCAUGGCUCCAUAGCCUUCACUUACCUCAACAGCGUCCUGGACCCCGUGCUCUACUGCUUCUCCAGCCCCAACUUCCUCCGCCAGGGUCAGGCCCUGCUGGGCCUCCGCCAGGGCUGGCAGGGCUCAUCCAGCAAUGAGAGCUCCUGCCAGCCCACAGCUCGGCUCCAGGCCUCCAGGAAGGCAGAGGCCACAGGGAAGCUGCAGGCGGAGGUAUCACCGGAGUAAGGGAAAGCCCUUCCCGGGACUAGAGUCUGCCAGGAGGCACAAGUUCACUCCCUAGACUGUUACUAGCACAGCCUGCCUGAACCAACUGGACAAGGGACAUCUGCCAGAAGCCAGGUGCGUGGCAGGAAGAAGAAAGGUCGUGGCCUUACAGAGUAUUAUGUCCCAAGUGACAGCCCCAGAAUGCAGGAAAGAGCAGAGGGCAGGCGGAGACAGGCAGGGGGUGUGGGAGCCCCAGCUCAGAUGGAAGGCGGCAAAGCUGCCCAGUUCCUAGUCAGAGCUGAGUACUGUGAAAGAAGUCUUGCUUCAGAAAUGGGACAACUGCAUUUUCUGUUAUCUCGUUUGUCCCUUUCAAUACUAGUCAACUUCCUGUGGAAAAUACAAGCCUGUCUUGGCUGUUGUAAGGAACUUGAAUAAAUGUCUUUGGAUCCAUCCAGCCCGGGCAUCAGCAGUGUUCAAAUGUAACCUGCUGUCACCCUAAGGGGCGAGGAAAUGGCAUCCAUAACUCUGGGGACUCCUGUGCAGGAAAAGAGCAGGCAAGGCCGGCUGAUGGGCCUGUAGUCACUAAUCAUCGAACAUUUACUGGGCCCCCACCAGUGCCCAGAC